CGUCUCCUUCGACUUGCCCCUCUUGAAAUUCGCUGUCUUCAUGCCCCAUCUCCACAAUCAUGCAUUGUCUUCAUCUAUUGUGUCCAAUUUCAAGGUAUGCAUUGCCCAAAAUUGCUCACUUUCCUCCGUCUUUUGCGUCUCUUACGCUUCCCUCUCUCUAUCAUUCCCUCAAUCCCAAGUUCUUGGCUCAUUCCCAACCCUCACGUGCAAAUAACAUCGACGACAGCGUUGCCUCACUUCAUCGCUUACUCCAUAUGCAUCCCCCACCUUCCAUAACCAAAAUUAAUAAGAUUUUAGGCUCAGUUGCCAAGGCUAAACAAUAUCGAAUUGCGAUCUCGUUGUUUGCUCAAGCGGAGUUCGAGGGAUUCAUACCUGAUUUAUGUACACUGAACGUCUUGAUCAAUUGUUACUGCCAUGUGGGUCAGAUUUAUUCUGCUUUUUCCAUAUUGGGAAGGAUUCUCAAGAUGGAUCUUCGACCAGGUACCAUAACGUUGAAUACUUUAUUAAAAGGACUCUGCAUUAAUAACUAUGUCGGGGAAGCACUAGACUUUUAUGACGACUUAACGGCUAGAGGAUUUCAAUUCAAUGAACGUAGUUAUGGAACCCUGAUCAAAGGACUGUGUAAAAUAGGGAAAAUAAGGUCUGCUGUUAAAUUGUUCCGCAUGAUGGAGAGGAAGGGAAUUAAAUCUGAUGUAGUCAUCUAUAACAUUAUCAUUGAUGGCCUUUGCAAAUGUGGACUUGUCAUUGAAGCGCAUGAGUUUUAUUCAACAAUGAUUGAUCAAGGAAUUCUGCCAUCUAUUAUUACUUAUACGUCCCUAAUCCAUGGCUUUUGCAGCAUAGGACAGUGGAAAGAAGCUAACCAUUUGCUCCGUGAAAUGGAAUGGAAGAGCCUCAAACCUAAUGUUUAUACAUUUUCUGUAUUGAUUGAUGCAUUUUGUAAAGAAAGGAGGAUCGUUGAAGCUCUCACUGUGUUUGCUAAGAUGAUGAAAUUUGGUAUGAGAUCAGAUGUUAUAGCUUACGGUUCUCUAAUGAAUGGGUACUGUCUGAUGAAUAACGUAAGUGAGUCAAAGGAAGUAUUCAGUAAGAUGGUUCAAAGCGGUGUAGUACCUAAUAUAGUUAGUUAUAAUAUACUCAUCAACGGAUUUUGUAAGAUUAAAAUGGUCAAUGUAGCUUUAGAUUUCUUAAGAGAAAUGCGUUGCAAAAGCUUGGUUCCUGAUGUGACAACAUAUAAUUCUCUUAUUGAUGGCUUGUGCAAAUCCGGGAGAAUGUCAGAUGUGCGAGAUCUUGUUUAUGAGAUGCAAGAAAGUGGUCAUGCCCCAGAUACAGUGACCUAUAGUAUUUUGUUAGAUGCAUUUUGCAAAAGUCGAAAUCUUGAUCAGGGGAUUGCAUUAUUUAGGAAAAUGGUUGCCCUCAGAAUUCAGCCUAAUGCAUACACAUACAAUAUACUUGUUGAUGGCUUGUGUAAAGGAGGUAGACUACAUGACGCUCGAAAGAUUUUUCAAUACCUUUUGACGAGUGGCUAUCAUCCAGAUUUCUACACGUAUAACAUUAUGAUUAGUGGGCUUUGUAGCAAAGGCUUGUUUGAUGAUGCUAUGUCCUUGCUUUCAAAAAUGAGAGCCAAUGGAUGUCUCCCUAAUUCGGUAACAUAUAGAACUCUUAUUCAAGCUCUUUUGGAGAAGAGAGAGAAUGAUAAGGCUGAAAAGGUUCUUCAUGAAAUGAUUGGUGGUGGUCUUGUAAAAUGAGAAAUUAAGGUUGAUACAAUCGUCCUAAUAUAUGCUAGAUUUGUAGAAAUGUUGAAAUUUGUCUUUGUGGGCUAACAAAUUCUUGUUUCUUCCCAAUUAAAGUUGUUGGAUGGUUCAAUGACCUUAAUGGCGUUGAAGAAAUCUUCUUCAAGCCAUAUGUUUGACAUAUUUGUUCUGACUAUGCGUUUGUUUGUAGUGAAUAAUUUUUGUUUAGAGAUGACUUUGUUCCUUCUUCAAUUCAGAAUUUGAUUUAUGAACCUUGUGGUGCAUCUCAGGUUCUCUUGGAUUAGAAUUUGAAAUCGGAUUUGCAGCUAUAAUAUAAUUUUCUUGUAUUUCAUAAAGUGAGUUGAUAAUUCCCUGCACUAUAUUGUGGACAUCAUAAAAAGUUAAUUUGGCUGUUUUACAACCAAGGAUCUCGGGGCUUGUUUGAUUCUGUUCUCAUAAAAGGGUUAAUCUCGAUCAAGCCAUAUGUUUGACAUUUUAAUUUCUGACUGUGUUUUCUAGUGAAUAAUUUUUGCUUAGAGCAUGACUUUAUUCCUUCUUCCUUCAUAGUUCAUUCAUCUAGAAUUUGAUUUAUUGACCUUGGGGUGCAUCUCAGGUUCUGCUUUUGGAGUAGAAUUUGAGUGAUCUGACUUUGCAACUAUAAUAUAGUUUUCUUGUAUUCCAUAAAGUGAGUUAAUUCCUUACUGUACAUCGGGGGACAAUUAGGCUGUUUUACAACCAAGAAAUUCAAUGCCUGAACUUAUUUUUGGAGUACUAGCUUAAAUUAAAGGGAUAUGUGUAUGUAACAUACUAAUGUUUGAGCUGAACUUGAUUGAAUGGUUUCCACGUUUGUUUCUUUUGGCAAACUGAAUUAAUAUCCUCUCUCUCUAUUCUUUUUUUUUUUUUUAAAGAACUUUUGGGUCUUAUUUCAAAGGCCUCUGGGACACCUCUUGGAGGUGAGUUUAACUAUCAUGAAUAUGUGAUUCAUGGUCCUUGAAUCUCCUUGAGUAUAUAAGUUGACAUGUAAGAGAAAAUAAUUUUGUUGGCAUCUUUACCUUUUGUGUUUUUUAUUCUUUGUGUUUCUAACUUUAGGCAAUUGCUGGUUUAAUUGCUGGUGUAAUUGUAGUUUCCAGAAAUAGUGUUGUUGAAACUCUUAUAACUUUAUGGUUUUGUCCUUGAAGACCCUUGAGGCCCAUGAACCUAAUGUGGCUGGUUGUCACCUUCUUCCAAAUGGAUUAGUUGCCUCCAAGGAUGUCACAACUUUUGGCACUUGUUGAUGAAGAAAGAAGCAGACUGCCUCUUCAACUGUAAAGUAAUACUUAAAGGCGGCGGAUUUGAUUUUUUAUUCCAAUGUUUCUUGUUCCAAUAUGUAAUUUGAAUGUCUCUUGGGAUAUUAUUUGGGGUGUGUCGGUUUGGCACUUAUGGCUAUGGAGGAACAGGUUCUACUUCAAUGAUGAUUUUCGAUUGCCAAAUAAUCCUGCUUCUAUUAUAUUGACUACUUGGAAAUCCUUUGCUCAACAGAAUGAAAUCAAGGGAGCACACGUUUUGCCCCCCCGUGAUGCUGAUAUUUACAUAUGGCUCCCUCCUCCACAAGAUUGAGUCAAAGUUAAUAUGGCUGGAUGUGGCGGGGUUAUUAGAGAUUGUCAAAGAUCCUCGAUUGUGGGCUUCACGCAACUCCUUGGAAACUGUGAUGUCCUGGAAGCAGAGGAAUGGCGAUCUAUAAUGGUCUCAAAUUGGCCUGGGAUUUUGGUUUUAGAAAAGUAAUCAUUGAAUCAGAUUCAAAGAUUUUGAUUGAAUUAUUGAGUAGCUAAAGCUCCUAUACCAACUGCAGCUCGGUGUUCCUCCCGAUUUGUGAGAUGAUGAUGGUUAAUUGGGAUGUGAAAUUAUGUCAUACUUCAAGAAUACACAACAAUCUUGCUGAUGCGCUGGCCGAAGCUUGGGCUUUCUUUUACGGCUUUAUUAGAUUAUUGUCCAACUCAGUUGCUGGCUAUUAUGCUUAGUGAUUGUAUGGGAUUUAGUCCCCAUUCUGUUUUAAUUAGUUUGGCUUGUGUGGUCUAUGUACCCGACCUCAAUAAGGUUUGUUAUUGUUGUUAUUAUUGUUAUUGUCAAUUUUAAUUAAUUAAA